AAAAGCACCUAAGCCAGAAUGUUUAGAAUUGAGUCGUAUUUAACUCCCAUCAUUCUCAGCUAUUUAGAUAAAUAUGUGAAAGAUGUUAGACCACAGGAUUUUCAAAUGUCCCUUUGGGAGGGCGAAGUUACGCUUCAAAAUGUUGAUUUGCGGUUAGAUGUACUGGAGCAAGAAUUGCAUCUUCCAUUUGAAAUUUUGUCUGGUCACAUUCACGAAUUGAAUAUACAGAUACCGUGGACAAAAAUUACAUCUGAACCAAUACGUAUAAGUAUUAGCACAAUCGAAUUUGUUUUGAAAGGUAAAACAGGGAAAUCCAAGUCUUGUAGAAGUAGUCCUGUACAUAAAACUGUGCCACCUCCAACGCCAAAAAACGAUGAAUCUGCAACGAUGCUUUCGACUUUAACUAUGAAAAUUGUCAAUAACAUUAGUGCUGAAUGCCAAAAUAUUAUAUUUAAAUAUAUUGAAGAUGAUAUUGUUUUUUCUAUGAACGUUCAAAAGUUUUGUUUUGGCGCAGCUAAUGACAAAUGGGAGUCAUCGUUCAUCGAUAUAAAUCCAACUAAGUUCUUAAGUCGCAAAAUGAUUACAAUCUGCGACUUAACUAUAUGUCUGGAUAAACGUAAUGCUGCCGGUGAAAUUGAAUGUUGUCAGGAGCCAAUGCUUUAUAGGUGCACUGUACAAAUUCGUAUACUACAUAGACACAAUAUACGCACCAUGGCUACUAAAAGUGUAACGCGUGUCGCCAUAUUUACACGACUUUUUGACUUUAGCAUGUCUUCCCUCCAACUACCUAUGAUAAUGCGGUUAAUUCAAGGUAUUCUAUUGAUGGGCGCUGAUAAUCAAGUCGUACAGGUUACAGUUCCCUUUGAUGACACGGCGGAAAGAUCUAGGCAAGCUCCGGAUCAGUCUAACAGAGGCGGCUGGCUUUCGUGGGCUUGGAAUAUGUUGCCUAGUUUUUAUUCUGAUCAUCAUGAAGAAGAUGAACUUUCAAAAAGCGAUCCUGAUGGUCACGUCGAGGAUAUUGGAGUUUAUGUUGAAGAAUUCAAUCUGACUUUAAAGAAUGCUGAAUGUGUUAAUGAUCCCAUGAUAGGCGGCAUGAAACGUGUACAGUAUUCACCAAUAAUCCGCCUAACCGUUGGCGGUUUUUAUUAUGAAAAUGUUAAUGUGAAAGAAGUAGACUGGGGGAAUUUGAGAGUGGGCGUAUCCAGCAUCUAUAUUGAGCCCUUGGGUCAGUUCGCAACAGAAGGCGAUCAGAAAAAGGCUCUAGUUGAAUCCGAACCGUUCACGAACACCCAGGCAUUUGUCGAUAGAUCGUUAUUCGAUGGCGAAUGCAAGAUCCCUGAGAAAGGAUUGAUAAUUGCAAAUUAUACUGACUAUUCCACGCGUGUUACCGAUGAAUAUCUCUUAUACCGUAGUCCGAUAUUGGCUCUUGAUCUGGUGGAAUAUAGUAUUCCGUCGCUAGUAAAUCAAGUAACAUCAUACUCCAGUGGUAAAACGGGUACUGAGGCAAAGCAUAAGCAUAUGCGUAUUCUAUCAACCGGUGUGAUUUUUCGAUUUACCCAGACGGUGUUGCAGGUUAAAAAUGUAAUUAUAACAUUUUUUGAAUCAAUCGAUUUUACGGCUACUUCAAAUUCAGAGACCGGGGAAAUCAACGAUCAAUCUCAAUGUCCAGGAAACUCAUUAACGGUUACGACUGAUAGCUAUAUUCAAUUAUCUGGAGUAUCUAAUAAAACACCCGGAAGCAGCUCACCGAAAUUGCAUCCUCCUUUAGUAGAAGAUUAUGAUCAAUUGAUGCAAGGUGUUCCAUUAUGGGAGUUCAAAGUAAAUGUUAAAGAUAUUUGCAUUGAAGCUUUUGCGAACAUGGAUUGGGAUAGCACCAAUACAAUCACGGCGUCUAAUAUAUCCACAACUGUCUUGUGGAGCUCCCUGCCCUAUUUUAAGAUGCGUUUGGACCAUAUUGAAGGCAGUUUCUCUAUACCACUAAAUCCAGAUAAAUUAGUACACACCACCUGCCAGUUGCCACAAAAACCUAGCGAGUUGUUAAUUGCUUGUUAUCGAAACUUUGAUUUUCGAUUGUCGGAUUUUUCAUUUGAUAUGAUUAUGCCUUUCAAUCAACAUAUUGCGAAAUUGGCAGUAAUUCCCAAAAUUAAAUUGACUUUCGGUAUAUUAUUGCAACCGGAACAUUGGAAAGAAGAUCAGGAGGCCGUGUGCAAAGUGGAUAUGCAUUGCGAUCAAAUGAAAGUCGAGUUCUCCAAUCGUCAACUGAUAGCUAGUUUGCGUUUAUUACAAGCCAUCAUGAAAUGUCAACCUCAUUUAUUAAGCUAUUUAAGUGAGCUAAUGACUCAACCGCUGGAACUGCCUGAUGCAAUGAAAAUACACACUGUUUUAACGAAAAUUGUUGUAGUUCAUCGACAAUAUCACACUUUCGGUACGUCGAACAUAGUUUUCGGCACAUUGCAUUCGGAUGUGGUGUAUGGUCGAAGCGCUUUUCAUGUUCAAAAAUAUAACAUUAUAAAUACUAAAUACCACAAUAAUCAAAGUAAAUGGCUUGAAUGUCAAAUUCAGGUACCGUCUGUGCGUUUCACACCCAAAAGUGUUCAAAAAAAACAUGUAAUGGAAAUGGCUUUAGGUCUGUGGAUUGAAAAAUGCAAUAUAAUUUUGGAUAAGCACUUGGCUGAAUUCUUUUCUUUUAACGAACUGCAUGAGAAAUACUUAUGGAGAAAAGAUUCGUCUAGAGUUCAAUUAGAUGCUCAAAAUUUUUUAUCAAUACCACCACCAUAUGCUGGUGAGUCGACGCACUCGUCUACAUUAAUACAACCGCAAGUUUUUGGACGAGGUAUUGCGAACAAACCGGCUAGAGUAGGUCUGCUUGAAGAAGCACCCCGUUAUAGCACAGAUCGUGACGAGAAGAACACAAGUGAGCCUCAUUCAGUAAGAUCUUCUCCAGUUUCUUUUAGCUCCGACGUAGUUGGAUACAGUAAAUGGAAAGACAAAAAAAAAUAUUUUGAUUCUGUCGUAAUUUUGAUAGAAAUGGCAGAAAAUCACUUAAAUGUGGCUUCAACGGCAACGCGUAAUGAAAAAGGUGAGUUCGAAGGCGAAUUCGUUCACAUUUGCUUGCCCAAAAUAGUGUGGAAAUCUACAUUUGCCGAUUAUAUAAACCGUUCGAAUUUGAGUAUCAGAGUAAAUCCCCCAUUACAUUCAAAAACCGCCUUCAAUUGGACAAUACAAUUGCAAGGAUUUUGCGUGAAAAUCUGCGAACAUGAACGUUGGCAUACUGUGGUCAGUCCCUGGCAUACUACGUUUACAGUGGCUAUGACGUAUCGGCAGCGUAAUAUUGAUCAAGAAAGUGCGUCCUUUUAUCACACUAAGCAUCAUUUGAUCAAAGGCAAAAAGCAGGCAUCAGAAAAUGCACCUUCCUCAUCAGUGCCAGUCGCUGAAUCAUAUCCAGAACUUAACCGAUCUGGUGUGACUGCGGGAAAGAUUGUUGAGCUUCUCGAUGUUCAUACGCUGAAUUUGCACAUCGAUUCAUCCACUUUGCAUAUAUUGGUUGAACAUUUAAAAACGUUAAGGGACCAAUUGACUUAUUUAAUCAAUCUUCAAAAGUUGAUGAGAAUGCCUGACAGUUUCAUUAAACGUAAAACAUCGAAUCACAAUCUUUGUGAUCCUGUAAAAAUUCUUACUGCAACUGAAGAAGACGCCCAUCUCAAAGAGUUCAUGGAGUUGGAUAUUAACGCGGACAUUUCGCUUCAGCGAGUAUUAUCAGAUAGAUCAAAAGCUGGUUUUUUAGCAAUAUUCUGCCAGUGGACUAUCCCUAAAGUAGCCGUCGAAAUGAAAGGAACUUCCAGUCGAAAAACUAAAAUUGUUUUAGAGCUUGAAGAUUUGCUGUCGACAAUCGAUCAGAGCGACGACUUCACUAAAUACACGUAUAAAAUCGGAAAUUGUAGUCUGAAAUAUCAUGAACUCGAAUCGACUGGAUCUUGGUCUCUAAAGAAAUAUCUCAGUGUACGAAAAGUUGUUGAGAACAAUGAUCAUCCGUUUUUUAAUAUCAUUGUUACAAGAGCUAGCUUAAAAGAUUUUUAUAAACGCAUAGGUAUUAAGCGUUGUCCGCCAACUACUCAGCGCUUUAUUACUGAGAUCAUAAUCGACGUACAAGCCAUUGAAUUUAUUAUCGACUUAGAUAGAGUUAUCGAAUUCGUUGAACCACUAUGCGUCUUCUUUGCCCCAAAGGUGGUGUGGGCCGAUGACGAGCAAAUUCCAACAAAAAAUCAAACAAUUCAAUCUGGAUCUAUGUUACCGCUUAUACAUUUCCAAAGUAAAGGUCUAACGUUUCUAUUUCCAUUGGAAAAUGUAAUUAAAAGUUGCACAGUCCUGAUGUUCAAAAUAGAUGGAAUUAAUGCUACAUCAAAUUUAAAAAAUCCAUUACAACGCAUUCCGCUAAGACCAGAGGUAUUUUCUAAAGCAACUUCUAUGGGUAUGUUAACGGUGCCCGGUUCAACGAUAGAAGAUCGGCAAUAUGAAACCACAUUCUUUCACAUGUCUGGCGCGUCGGCAAACUGGCAUGAGCUUUUGGCUCAUAUGCGAGAGAAAGCGCAAACAGUUUAUUCUAAUCCCGCUGUCGAGUGGAACAAUCCCGAACGAAAAGCAGAUCCAGAAUAUAAGGAGAUCUUCAAGCAAUUCACAUUUGUUUGCACUUAUGCACCAAAUAUAAUUUAUAGGCGGAUUUUAAUAUGUGGCGCGGCAACGGAACUUAACUGUUCGUCAGAUUUUGUGGCCACCAUCGAUACGGCUCAAAUGAAUAUGAUUAGCUGCCUUUUGCAACGAGCGCAACAAAUAAACGAAAUUAUCAAGUCUUCUUGUGAUUAUCCUUUACCCGUUCCGCCAGUUUAUUCAAAAUCGCAAUCAUCAUCAACCUUCUUUGCUUCGCCACAAAGUUCCUUGACAAGAUUGCGUCCUAUUGUAAAAUCACCCAAUAAUAUCCUGCUGCCUGCGACUCAAUCGAUAGAGACGCGAAAUUUGAAUCGAACUUUACCGGCUUCACAAUUUCAGUCACUUGAUGAGAACUCUGAGGCUCCCAUCAAAACUGAUUCUGGCAUACAAUCCGAUUUAACGUUACCGUUAAAAUGUACGACCACAUUAGAUAAGGACAUAUUUCUUUCUUUAUCCGGACCAAUUCUGGAAUUUGGAACAAUAACAACUACUGUACGUAAUGUACCAAGCACUUUAUCUUUACUUGCUGGAGUUUUUAUUAUAAGAAUUUUCGACUCGGCAAAAUAUAAAGCGAACAUACGUUUGGAUAACAUUUUGCAUGAUCAAGCGCUCUUGUCGUUUACGAUUUCGCAACCAAGUUUUAUGCUAACCCAGAAUAUUUUUGAUUCAAUCAUGCAAUUCUCAAUAUUUAAUAUUGGAUUACAUUUACCGUCGGUUCUUGAGGCAGCGCAAAGCCUGGAAACAUUUCCCGUACCAAUAUUAGAUACUCUACCAGGUGAAUUAAGUUCCGCUGGAAUUCCACCGUCGUUUUUUUCGUGUAAAUUACAUAGAACAAAAUUGCAAAUGCGUGAAAUUGAUAUGGAUUUUGAAAAACCACUUGUUUUAACUUUGAAUGAAGCUCAUACCGCUAAGCUUCUUCAGAAUUUAAUAAUCAUUUUAGAUUGCCUUAGAAAAGAUAAUUGCGUUGCGUCAGAACCAGUGCGGGUCAUGCACGGUACUAAAAUAAAGCUGUUAAAAGAUAAAACUUUAGGAGCAGAUCGUUUACAUUUAAAAAUUUCAGCAAUUAUGAUAAAUUUCAGCGAUAAAGCAGAUUACGAUUGUAAAUUAGUAUUCAAUAAUUUGAAAUUGCACCUCAAGUAUCUGACUAAACCAGAAAAAUGUUCAACGAAACUUUUAUUGGGUUCGAUUUACUUACGUACGAUGCGUAAGAUAUUCAUGCAUCCGGUAUCGCUGAAGGCGUCAUUAGAUUUAAUUAGUGAGCCAUGGGAACGAUCACCUUUAGUAAGUGCUGCUGUCAAGUUUAAUGUCAUUCAAAUGGAUAUUGGUAUAUACACGGUCCUACAAUUACGCUCAGCUGUCCACGCUAUACAACGCAUCGUCGAUCGUACAUUCAGUGUAUGGAUUCUAUUUCAACGCAGGCGUUUACUAGACGAACCAUUUGAUGUGUCACAUGGUAAUUUGGAGCCGUUAAAAUGUCCAUCAUUAGAUUCAUUUAUUUCGAAACGGAAGUCACGAAAACGUGAAGAAUAUUAUCAGGAUGAUUUAAGAGCGGGCGCUUUUCAAUUUGUUGAAUUAACUACAGAUUCUCUUUUGCCGCUCCCCUAUCAGAUACAAAUAAUUAAAAAGGAUUUCGGUAUUAUAUGUUGGCGUUACCCUCAGCCCAGGAAAAUGGUUAAAAUUCUCGUUAAUCCAAUACCGAUGGCGGUCGACACACCCAUACACAUUAAAUGUCGUAUUGAAUACUUUAGUGAAGUUCACGAACGCUUUCUAUCGUAUUGCGAUUUCUGGCUGUCCGAGACUAUCGCCAACGAUUUACCAAUGCCAGAGCAAACAUUAUGCGCCGCCAUCUGGCGUAUUGUCAUCUUACAAUCAAUGGUAACGGUGAAUGGUAAUUGCUUUGAUUCGAAUGAUGCGGACGAUGAGAUAAAAAGCAUUGAGAGCAAUUCGUUGGGAGAAGUGUUCCAACAUACCGAUAAAAGAAGAGAAUUUAUAUUAAAUCCGAAAGUUUUGGUUGGAUGUAUGCGAAUAGAUACGAUAUUUCAAUCGCAAGAUAUACCAAAAUUGCAACUUAUGGUCAGUUGCAAUCAAGUUUAUAUAAAAUUCUUAAAUCAACCGGACGAAAAUGGUGAUCUGCCUCCGCCUUUAAAGAAAUACCGUUUAACAAAAACUACUGUAAAAUCGCAAGCAUUUGUAUUUGUUAUGUUAAGCAAUCUAACAUUUCAUUAUGUUUUUUACACAAGAGGUCACUAUAAUCUUGAUUUGGAAUUGAAUGGUAACAUAAAAUGUUUAGAUUAUGGUUAUUUAAAUUUAAUACCACUUCUUGAGGAUGCUACCUUUAAAUGCUAUUUGCAUGCAGAUAUUAUGAAAAAUAUUUUCAUUGGUAAUAUUUUAUGCGAUCGCUUACGUUUCAAUGUGGGCCCGUCAACGUUACACGCUCUUCUUACUUCCAAAACGCAUUGGGAGGAAUUACUUGAUACUGAUAAUAAACGCAUUCGGCACGCAUUAAUACCGCGAUGUGUUGUAGCGAAUCGGACAAUGCAAGCAAUUGUAUUUGGCCAAACGGGUACAAAAGAACGCGUGCAACUUAAUGUUAAGGAAUGUUAUCUUUAUUCGUUUGACAGUGAUUUCUAUAAGCAAGAGUUGACAUUCUAUAUAACUGAUGAGGGAACAACACUUGUGGAGACAUCGCAAUCAGUGCAUAUACCUUUUAAAAUGGACGAAGAUAAUGUGAUUUAUAAUUUGCGUAUGGGCAAUAAAUGUUUAGUAUUGAAAUUGCGUAAACUUUCUGGAUUACAAGUCCUUUUAAUGAUUAAAGGACAAGUUGAGCUCAUCUCUAUGGUUCCGUAUAGGUUACGAGUAGAAUUUCGUCGGGACGAUAAUUCUAAAUCGCAUGCAGAGAAUAAAUCAAUUAGAGAAUAUGAAAUUGAUAAAUACGAUAGAAAGUCAUUUUAUAUGAGUGUAAAUCAGAAAUCGGAGAUUUCCAUUAGACUUAAAAUCAUAAAAGAGGGUGUUAAUGCUUAUACGGGUGAAAUUCCUUUAAGAAUUAAUAAGAAAUUGCCUUGGCUUGUGAAAGUACCUUUAGCCGUUCCAGACUUUAUAAGCUUUUGGGUGAGAAUUUUGCGCGAAGAUGUGAAUGAUUUAACUACUGAAACGUUUCAACCGCAAAAGAUUCUUAUAACUAUUUGGCCUGUAUUUGAAUUGACGUCAAUGUUAACUUGUCCUGUUGUAUUGCGGGAGCUUGGUACUAGCAAAGAACAUAUCUUGGAAGGCGAAGGUGACAAACAUAUAUUACAAGUACCGGCAACACAUCUUACCAAUCAUGGGCUUAACUUUUUAUACAGAUUUCCGUUGGGUGUAAAAUCUUCGACAACUUAUAAUCUCACAUUAAAGUCACUGGAUUGGCAAAAAUUUUUCUUCUAUUCGGACCAUAAGUGGAAUGUUGAAAGCGCUUUGCAAAUUUUAUCAAAACCAAUUGUCCGCCACUGGCCAUUGAACGAUGAAGAUGAACUACGUGUUCGUCGUAUUUCGAAAGCGAAAUCAACGGUCGAUGUUAUUUACCAUGUGAGCCGUAAUCGUGAAUUUUCAUGCACAUUAAGUCUGGAAUUAUCACCUUGGGGUAUAUGGAUCAAUUCAACGGGCAUUAAUGUUCGCAUAUCGAAUUUAAAAAUCACACAAUCAGUUAUCAUUGAAAGUAACGGUCUUGAAAUGUUAUUUGAUUUGUCCGAAGGAUUUUAUGUUGAAAUACCAGAUGGGCCCAUUUGGAAGCAAUCAUUACCCAUAUAUUUUACCGAAAAUUCCGAAUGUGAAUAUAAUGAGUGUUAUGUCGUAAAAGAAUGUUCACCAUGCGAUGUCGUUAUCUUGCGUAGAGAAAAUGUGCACAAAUUUGUCUUAUUUAUGAGCAUCGAAAAUGGUCGCAGAAUAUUUAAAUUGCAUUCGAAAUUUGCUAUCGUCAACUUUUCGAAGCAUUGCGUAUGCGUUAUACCAUUUGCUGUCGGUCAAAAAGAAAGUAUUGAUUUGCAGAUGAUCAAACAAUUGGACAAUGGAACGCAGCAUUUCGAAAUGAAAGCAACGCCAGGUUGGGAGAAUAGCGUAGGAAUAUCAUUAAGCGUUUUCUACGAUAUCCAUACAAACGCAUGUCCGCGUAGUGAAGAAACAGACUUUGUAUAUUUUGUGAGUAUUAGGCUGUGUCCAACAUCCGAAUUAUCGAUGCCUAUACCUUUGCAUGCGGCCAUUAAACGUCACUGUUUUAGUUUGCAUAAUGGAAAUGAGUCCAUCCCAUUGGUAGUUACGUUAAUUGUAAAGAAUAAUAUAUAUUACUUAUGCUUAAUGGAAGACACAUGUCCGGCUUUACUUAUUCGGAAUGAGGUCGAGUGUUCUUUUUUAGUCGCACAAACGACAUCUACCGAAAGUAGUACCGUAAUUAUACCUUCUCCCGAGCAAGAAGUUAGCAAUUUUGAAUGGUUUCAUGUGAUACGAAAGCAUACGCAUUCCUACUAUACACCGCCAGCUUGGUAUCAGAACUUCCCAACAGUUAAUUCUGUUUAUUGCAAUAUCACACUGGCCCUGCAAGGUGGUAUUGAACUCAAAAACCCUAUCAAAUGGUCAAAACCCAUCAAUCUCGAUCGCACCUAUAAAAAAUAUGUGAAUAUUCCCGGUCAUGGAGAUAUACAGAUUAUUGUUUGUGAUAAACAUCGCGUUGUGAGGCUAAAUAUAUUGUAUGUGUCGCAGGAAAUGGAAUUCUCAGUAAAGGAAUUGCGUACAAGGCUGUCGGUAACAUCGGUUAUUAGCGGAGAGCAAUUAAUUUCUUCGAAGCCAAUGAAUGUGCCUAAACCGAACAUUACAUCGUCUACGAAUUUACCAGCAACAGUUUGCCGACAUUUUGUUGGCAAUGAAUGUGAUGGAAUAUAUAAGAAGUUUCGUAUAUAUAUUAAGGAGAUUGUUUUGAGUUUGCACGUUGAUGGAAUCGAGUCUCAAUAUAUGAAACGGGAUUUGAUCAGCUUUUUUAUGGACGAUCUUAUAUUCGCAUACGAUGAUAUGGAAGGUGAUAAGCAAGCGAAUAUUUUAGUACCAAAUUUACAAAUCGACAAUCAAUUAUUCACGACGGGAAAUUAUGAUUUUCCCGUUUUGCUUUGUUCCCAGGAAUUUUAUGAGAAAAAUUCCCAGAAACCGUUGAUUUAUUAUUUGGAUCGUACGUACGCAUGCUUGGAGGAAAAAGGUGCUAUGAUGGAAAUUAAAAUGAAUUUCUACGAAGACGAAUAUAAGAUAAGAAAUUUAAAAUUUCGCUUAAGUCCAAUACGUAUAUAUAUUGAAGAUGCAUAUGUAACAAAUUUAUUAGAUGCCUUAGUAGAAUGUGAUUUAUCAAAUGGUAUUUAUAAAGCGAAACGAAUGUACGAGCGCAGGCGUUUAUAUAAGGAGCAAGUGAUUGUACCGAACGAUGUGGCAGCACAAGCUAUAUGUUCAGCUGAACCUUUACAUUUGAGAUCGUUUAGAAUCGAACCAAUGAAUAUAUUGCUUUCCGUGCAUACAUCUGUACGUCUGUAUAUUGCUUUGGAUCAUUCGCCUUUGUCAUUUUCGGCUUGUCAUCGAGAAUAUUUGUUAACAUCGCCGUUAAAAUUAGGUCAAUCGAUGGGCAUGCAUUAUUUAUCUGGCGCAAUAUUCGGUGCCGGUUGGGUAGUGGGAUCUUUAGAAAUUCUCGGCAGCCCGAGCGGUCUGGCUCGAUCCGUAUCAACUGGCGUAAAGGAUUUCAUUUACUUGCCUGCAAGAGGACUGUUUCGUGGCCCUUGGGGUUUUAUAGUCGGAGUUACGCAAGGUUCGGCUUCGUUACUCAGAAAUGUCACUGCUGGUACGGUUAAUUCAGUGACCAAAUUAGCCGCAUCCGUGGCUCGGAAUUUGGAUCGGUUGUCGUUAGACAGCGAGCAUCUUGAAAGAACUGAGUUUUUGCGUAGGAGGCGACCGCAAGGUUUCACUGAGGGACUCUAUCAAGGCAUGACUGGUCUGGGCAUCAGCAUACUCGGCGCGGUUGGAGGUUUGGCUCAUCAUACUUUAGAAGCAAGGACCCCAACAGAAAUGUUAACGGGCGUGGGGAAAGGUUUGGUUGGAGCGUUGACCAAACCUAUAAGUGGAGCCGCAGAACUAUUGGCUUUAGCCGGCCAAGGAAUGUUACAAACAAUUCAGUUUAACGCUUUGCCGUACCAAAGAUCACCAACAAUUUGCCGUAACAUGGCUACAGAACCGUCGCCCUAUCGUUUAUGGCGUAUGCUUCCAAUUGAUUUAUUAUCGGAUCAAAUUCUUUUUUAUCACGUUGUUCAUGUGAUGGUCGAGGAACAAUUGAAAACUGGAUAUGUAUUUCUUACCUCAACAAUAUUUGCAAUUGUUGAGGGGAACUGGGAUAAAUUACAAGUCGUCUAUCCCGUUGAUAAAGUGGAAGUUAUUGCUGAUGCAGAUGAUCGGACAAAGUAUUAUGUGCAUCUAAAAACUGAAAAAGAAGAUAUCGAAGAGACGAUGAACUUUACGAAUGAGCGCAUAAUGAACUUUUUACAAGCCUCAUCUAUGGAUUUCACCUCAGAUUCUUUGUACGAUUUGCUACAAACUCGCUCAUCUUCCUAUACGACCAUAUAUCAUUCUAGUCUAAGUUAUCACUUUUAUAUAAACGAGCAUUUUGGUGAACAUAUUUUGCAAUAUUUGAAAAUUCUUAAUGUUAGACAUUUAAAUAAUUAAUCUGCACUUAUUUUCUAAAU